AUGAUGGUUUCUCUCAAGCAACUCGCCCUCCUGGCUCUGGCCACCGGCGCUGCUGUCGUCGAUGCUCAGAGUGGCUCUGGAAAGACGACUCGCUACUGGGACUGCUGCAAGGGAUCGUGUGGCUGGUCUGGCAAGGCCUCCGUCAACCAGCCCAUCACGAGCUGCGACAAGAGCGACAACCCGCUGGCGAACAUGGCGGCGAAGAAUGCGUGCGAGAGCGGCGGCCAGGCGUACAUGUGCACCAACCAGAGCCCGUGGGCGGUUAACGACCAAUUGGCGUAUGGCUUCGCGGCCGUAAAGCUCGCCGGCGGCACUGAGAACUCGUGGUGCUGCGCUUGCUACAAGUUGACGUUCACCUCGGGCCCCGUACAAGGCCAGCAAUUGAUCGUGCAGGCCACCAACACGGGCGGCGAUCUGGGCCAAAACCACUUCGAUCUCGCGAUGCCCGGCGGCGGCGUCGGCAUGUUCAACGCGUGCACCAACCAGUGGGGCGCGCCGCCAAACGGCUGGGGACAGCAGUAUGGCGGGAUUUCGUCGCGCUCGCAGUGCGACGGCUUCCCCGAGAAGCUCAAGGCGGGCUGCUACUGGCGCUUCGACUGGUUCAAGGGCGCUGACAACCCGGAUGUUACGUUCGAGAAGGUUACGUGCCCGAAGGCGCUUACGGAUAAGUCGGGCUGCAUUCGGAAUGGCGAGACGCCGACUGUUUAA